AAGUAGCAGGCGGGCAAUAGAAAAGUAACGGCAUGCGCUAUACAUCACAUCACGGCUUUUAGCAAGAUAAAACGAUCUAAAAGUACGAAGUGAGGCGUUGGAAACACGACGACGUAAAAACGGAGAGCUUUACAUUCACGUGAAGGAAAAUGGACCAGGUUCCAAACAUGUUUUGAAGGAUAACAGCGCCGCGUGCAUCUAAGCUAGCCUGCGCGUUAGCUGCGAUGCUAGCUUGCCCUCGUUUUUGUGAGUGGCUGAAGAGUAGUUAGUCGAGUGUGUGCCUUAAACCAGAAAUGUCCGGCUUUAACUUCGGAUCGGGGACUCUUGGUUCCACCAACCCGGGAGGCGGGUUUGCGUUUGGGACCGCAACCAGUGCGCCUCCAGCCAGUACUGGCGGCUUCUCUUUCGGCACUGCUCUGGGCACAGCAGCAGCGACUCCCAGUGCCGCCACCACCAGCACCACCCAGUCGCUGGGCCUCGGAGGCACUCUCUUUGCUCAGAAGCCGACAGGAGGAUUCUCUUUCAAUACACCUGCCUCAAGUGCUGCUGCGCCAACUCCUGGCCUCACAUUAGGUGCUCCAGCUACUGCUGCUGCGACCACAGGCUUUAGCUUGGCCUUCAAUAAGCCCACCGCCUCAGCAACACCCUUCUCCCUCACCACCAGCACCACCUCUUCGGCAGCCCCUCCCGGUGCCGGCUUAACAUUUGGUUCUGUCCUGACGUCGACGGCCCCACAGCAGCCCUCUGCCUCGGGUUUCACCCUCGGUCUGGGUGGCACAACAACCACUGCAGCAGCCUCAACCAUCCCAUCGCUGGGUGGUGGGCUGUUUUCUAACACUGUAUCCACAGGUCUGGGUCAGACGGCUCUUGGAGGAGGCGCUGGCUUAACGUUGGGCUCGCUGUUAGCUACCUCGACUGCGGUAACGGCUGCCCCCGCUCCAAGUGUCGGCCUGGGUGGGAUCGACUUCAGCACGUCCUCCGAGAAUAAAAGUGAUGCAUCAUCUGGAACCAAUGCACAGGACAGUAAAGCUUUAAAAGAUGAGAACCUACCCCCAGUUAUUUGUCAAGAUGUUGAAAACUUUCAGAAAUUUGUAAAAGAGCAGAAACAAGUUCAGGAGGACAUAAGCCGUAUGUCAUCGAAGGCUAUUUCCAAAGUCCAAGAGGACAUCAAUAGCCUCAAACAGCUUCUGUCUGUGAGUGCCAGCGGGCUGCAGCGCCAGGCUCUAGCCAUCGACAAACUGAAGCUGGAGACCGCACAGGAGCUGAAAAAUGCUGACAUAGCACUGCGAACACAAAAGACGCCUCCCGGACUGCAGCAUGAGAACACAGCUCCUUCAGAUUAUUUCCGGAGCCUGGUGGAGCAGUUUGAGGUGCAGCUGCAGCAGUACCGGCAGCAGAUAGAGGAGUUGGAGAAUCACCUGACCACACAGAGCAGCGGCUCCCACAUCACACCUCAGGAUCUGACCUUGGCCAUGCAGAAGUUGUACCAAACAUUUGUCGCUCUGGCUGCACAGCUUCAGUCUGUCCAUGAAAACGUCAAGAUUUUGAAGCACCAGUACCUUUCAUACCGCAGAGCCUUUCUGGAAGACUCUACGGACGUCUUCGAGUCCAAACGUGCGUCGGCCCGGAAAUGGCAGAGCGUGCCGCGAGUCACAACCGGGCCCGCCCCGUUCUCCAGCGUGCCCAACGCUGCAGCCGUGGCCAUGGCCGCCACGUUGACCCAGCAACAGCAGCCAACUCCAGGGACCCAGGCACCCUUGGGGGCAGGGUUUGGAAACCCCUUUGCCUCUGCGGUGGGCAGUAGCUUGGGCUCUUCCGCCCUCGGAGGUUUUGGUGGUGGGCCAGGAUUUGGUGGGGUGGGCACUGGGGGUUCUUCUUUUGCCUUCUCCUCCACCAGUAAGCCCACAGGAGGCAGUCUGAGUGCAGGUUUCGGUAGCAGCAGCAGCUCAGGCUUUAACUUCAGCAACCCCGGCAUCAACCCGUCGGCCGGCCUGACCUUCGGCGUGUCCACCCAGGCCCCCGCCGGCUUCGCCACGGGAGCGCCCCUGCUCCAGCUGAAGAAACCCCCCGCGGGCAACAAGAGGGGCAAGAGAUAGGAGUGGGAAAGGACACGAGCGUGUGACACAGCCGCUGAGCAGCUUUUAGCGUUUGGAGCAAGCGAGGCAAAGGCCUCCCAGAAGCAUGCAAGCAGCACCGGAACGCCCGACGAGACUGGAAAAACCUUCCGACUACAGCACAGAGUUACUGAGUAAAUACCACUGGGGGAAACGCUUUCUUCAACCCACCAGCACCAUCUUUCUCUCUGGUCUGUAUUAAUUUGAUUCACAGCUUUCUCUUUCAUCCUUCACAGUGCUUGGGUUUUUUGUUUCGGAUUAUUUAGUCGUUUUUAUUGCCAACUGAGACAGAUGUAUCUUUUGAGGAAACCUGAAAUUGUUUCAGGAAGAUGGGACCAAACCAAUGCUGGAGACAGCUGCUUGACAGAAAAGGAUGAAAUAUUGGUUGUUUAUGUAACCGGAAGUCAAAGUGUAUUUGUGUUUGUCCCGUUUCUUUGCCUGCACUCUCUGAUUUCUGUGCUUUGUUCUUUUGGGAAAGCCAGUCAAAUACAAAGCAGCAGAUUGUUAAAUCGUGAGAUGAGAGUCACAUUAUUUGUCCCUCCGCAGCUGAUUUUUUUUGGGGGGGAACUGCAGUGGAGUAUCCCUCAAGUUAAUGACUUGACCCAAGUCUUGUCCAGAAUAGGCUUAGGGAAGGUAAAGGGAAGGAAAGUUAUGAGAUGACGGGUGUUUGUGUAGAGCAGAGUUCCUGGCUGAAGGUGUCAACAGGCGAUAUAUAAUCCUGAUUUUAUUAGGCACAGGAAGGUCCGGGGUGGGUAGUCGGGGAAGUUUUAUUUUUAUAUCAAGUAGAGGAAGAGAUGGCUUUGGGGAGGGGUAGAAGGGGACAGUACCAUGGGACGGUCCAUUAUUAAAGUCCACAUAACCUGUGGUGGUGUUUUUUUCUUUCUUUCUUUUUUUUUUUUCUUCCAUUAUUACUUCAGUCCAUCCUUAUUGUUUCAUAAUUACUUUUAGACACUCUUUGUUUGCCCUUGUGUACCGUUGUAAGAACCUGUGAUAAGAAAUGCUGUGCUCUUUGUUUUACAUGGCCCCAUUCGGUGUUGCAUUUGUUGAAUCUGAAAGGGAGUUCCCAAGCAUCCUCUGCUCGACUUCGAUCUCAUACUUGUGCUCGGAACAACUUUGCACUCGCCAUUGUACGUGACCUGACAGUGAUUGUGUGAAUGUGCAUGUCCUACUAUUGCACAAGUGCAAAUUUGUCUCUCUGAUCUGUCAUUCAUGCUUCUUUGGAGCAUCAGAGAUGGCUUAAGGGGAUAUUCUUAUUUUUAAGAAAGGAGGAAAAAUAAAAAGUCCAUGUCUCUUCAGUUACCAACUCCUGGCUGUAUUGUUGUUUUCUAAUCACAGUCUGUUGAAACGUGUAUUUUCAAGAUGCUGAUUAAUAAUAAAAUCUUCCACCCGA